AUGUCAGAAGAAACAAUUAAUCAGACAAUUAAAGUUGAACCACCAGAAUAUUCAGAGAAGGACAUUAAGUGUGAAGUCAAGGAAGAACUUGAAGAUCUUAAAUCUGAAUCGCAUUUAGAGGAUAAAUUUGAUGAUCUUGAUGAUGAUGGUAUUGUUAAAUCUGAACCAUAUUUAUCUGAAGCAUAUUUAGAGGAAGAAUAUUUUGAUGAUCUUGAUGAUGAUGGUAUUGUUAAAAUUGAAUUGUAUUUAGAGGAUGAAUCUGAUGAUCUUCAUGAUGAUGGUAUUGUUAAAUCUGAACCGUAUUUAGAGAAUGAAUCUGAUGAUCUUGAUGAUGAUGGUAUUGUUAAGUCUGAACCGUAUUUAGAGAAUGAAUCUGAUGAUCUUGAUGAUGAUGGUAUUGUUAAGACUAAAUCUUAUUUAGAGGAUGACAAAACUUGCCUGGAGAGAUUCAUGAACUCCAAAAUAGAAAUUGAAGAAGAAGUCAAACACGAACUAAUUGUGGCACUGCCUUUUUCUAAAGAAUCCCAUUCUUUAAAGGAGCACAUGGUUGAUCACAUACCCAGUCAAAGCAAAAAACCCUAUAAAUGUGAUGUAUGUGAUAAGACUUUUAACAAACCAUCAUUAUUGGCAAGACACAGUUUCAUUCACAGCACAGAACGGCCUUUCAAGUGUGAAAUAUGCAAUAAAACAUUCACACAAUUAGGUAAUCUGAAAACGCACAAGAUCAUUCACACCGGGAAGCAUCCUUUUAAAUGUGAAAUAUGCAAUAAAGCAUUCAAUCAAAAGAAUAAUUUAAAAAACCACAUGUUUGUCCAUACAGGAGAGCUUUCUUACAAAUGUGAGGUAUGUAACAAAGCCUUCCGUUCACCAAGAUAUUUAAAACAGCACAACCUUAUUCACACCAAAGAGGGUCAAUACAAAUGUGAAUUAUGCGAUAAAAUAUUUAAUAUUUCAAAGUAUUUAAAAAGACAUAUGGUAAUUCACACCAAACCAUACUCUUUCCCAUGCAUUCUAUGUGAAAGCACUUUCAAAGAAUCAAAACAUUUAAAAAGGCACAUGCGUAUCCAUACAGGUGAACGCCCUUUUAAAUGUGAAAUAUGCAAUAAAAGUCUCAGGCAUUCGGACACUUUGAAAAAUCACAUGCGUAUCCAUACAGGUGAACGCCCUUUUACAUGUGAAAUAUGUAAUAAAAGUCUUAGACAUUCGGACACUUUGAAAAAUCACAUGCAUAUUCACUAUGGGCUACGGCCUUAUGAAUGCAAAAUAUGCAAUAAGGCAUUUACAAGAUCAGGUAAUCUGAAACAGCACAUGCUCAUGCAUUCCGAAGAGCGCCCUUAUAAAUGCGAAAUAUGCAAUAAGGGAUAUACUCAAGCAAACGGUUUGAGGACUCAUAUGGCAAAACAUGAAAAGAAAAAUGAUGAAAAUCAAUGA